AUGAUAGUCAGUCAACGCGCACCCAGGCAUGCAUACCCUUGCCAACACACCACACAUACACACGCACACGUACCUGUUAGAGGCCUGAAAGACCUAAAUGAGUUGUUUCUCAACCAGGCCUACUAUGAACAGCGGUGGUUCGGUACCUUUGGUCUAAAAUGGCCGAAUACGGUUCACUUGUCUCACUUUAUAUUGUCUUCAUUUCCCCCCUAUCCCUACCGCUACCCCUCAGCCCGACGUCCCACAGGUCUCGGUCACCAUAUGCCACGUGGAUUCGAGUUUAUUGCAACAGUCCGAAACCCUGACCCACGGACCGACUGUGUGCUCGAAGUGAGAGGUCUGUCUUCAACGGAGCUCGAGCUCUAUUAUACUCUUCACAUCAAACCUUCCACCCCCAACAUAGUUUGCGGUCAUAGUCGAUCAUUAAUUGGUGUGUUAUUCUGUUACCAGUCAUUGGCUUAUCAAAGUGAUCAGUGA